UUGACCAUCCAUGCCGAGUGCCCCAUGCACCUGGAGGAUUUCCCCAUGGAUGCACAUGCCUGUCCUCUGAAAUUCGGGAGUUAUGCUUACACCAAUAAUGAGGUGAUCUACCUGUGGACCCAGGGAGACGGGAGGUCUGUGGCUGUGGCAGAGGACGGCUCCAGGCUCAACCAGUAUGACUUACUGGGACAUGUCAUUGGCAAAGAAACCAUCAGUUCCAGCACAGGAGAAUAUGUAGUGAUGACAACAUAUUUCCAUUUGAAAAGGAAAAUUGGCUAUUUUGUGAUUCAAACCUACCUCCCGUGCAUCAUGACUGUCAUACUGUCUCAGGUCUCCUUCUGGCUAAACAGAGAAUCGGUUCCUGCUCGCACUGUAUUUGGGGUCACCACUGUCCUAACCAUGACCACCCUGAGCAUCAGUGCUAGAAACUCCCUCCCUAAGGUGGCCUAUGCCACUGCCAUGGACUGGUUCAUGGCAGUGUGCUAUGCCUUUGUCUUCUCUGCCUUGAUUGAGUUUGCCACAGUCAACUACUUCACCAAGCGCAGCUGGGCAUGGGAUGGGAAAAAAGAGGGCAUGGAAAUAAGGGAACCGUUUCAGGCUAACAUGGCCAGGAUUAACGAUAUGAGAAGAGAAUCUGCUACAUUGUCCAAAAAAGCAAACAACACAUUCAACAUUGUUGGAUCCACCUACGCCAUCAACGUGGCUAAAGACCAAGGUUUAACGACCGUUUCCAAGAGUGCCACGCCAGUCCCCACCAGACACUCCUACCUCCAGGAUGACCCUUACGAGGAGGCCAAGAAGUCAUACAACCGUGUCAGCAAAGUGGACAAGAUAUCGCGCAUCAUUUUCCCAGUUCUGUUCUUCAUCUUCAACUUAGGCUACUGGGCCACAUAUGUCAACAGAAAGCCCGCUAUGAUGAAAGCAAACAACUUAAACUGAAUUCGACCGAAUGCUAGGCUUGAUCUGGUUUUGUUUUGAGGGUAGACAGGUUUGCAGGAGGCCAAGUUCAUCACAUCUUAUUGUGUGUGUAUGUGUGUGCGCCUGUUUCGUGCAUCUGUUUUUUCUUAAGAGUUUGAUAUUUUGCACGUCUGUUUAAAUGGAAGGCACAUUUAAACAACAGUAGAUUCACAUAAUAGUGGACUUUGGAGGGAGCACAUUUCAGACUGUGUUUGUUUUGCAUUUAUUUUUUCUCCCCUCCUCACUUAUCUCUGGCCCUGUUCCCUGUUGUGAGUAACCCAGUGUCCCUUCGCUGUAUCCUGAUUGCUUGCCGUUUUGUAGAGUAGUCAAAUUGUGUUUUCACUAUGUUUUGAAAUGUUUGCGCUUUGCUUAUGAUAAGUUAGAGCAAGCAUGCAUUUGAAGUUUUCAUUGUAGCUCAUUACCAAUGAUAAGGUUUUGACAUAUCCAUCAAGUUAACAACAUGCAUGCACCCACACAGACACAGUUAUCGUCAGAAAAACGCCAGAAGAGCCAUUCGUUGGUUGCCCUGCCCUGCUCUGUUAGCCGGGGGCAGCCUGUAUAGUUCCAUAGGAACAUAAUUAAUAAUCGUCAGGGUCUGGCAUUCAGCUCACGCUGAAUCGUAACAGACCCAAUGCAGUAUCAUCUGGAAUUGCUAUUGUGUCCCACGAGGCUGCCUGUACAUUUUCUAGUCCAGUGGCUCUUAUUGUUUUAACUGGCAGAGUAUGCUCAAUGACAAAGAAGCUAUGUGCCUUGGUGAAUACACACAUCAUAAAGUAUAAAAGGCGUUGACACGCUCACAUUUGCAUUAACAGCACACAUAUGCACAACGGUCUGUGUGUAUUUUACAUGCAAACAUUUACUGGUGUCCACAGGCUCCAUGAACUGCGAGUAUAUGGCUGUGCCCCGCUCACCUACGGCCCAUGGGCACAAAGUGUAAAAUUGUCCAUCAGUGUGGAAGGUUAACAGACCUCUGCCGUGAAAAGAUGAAGAUAUUAAGGGAUCCAGCGUAGUCUAGAACAAUUACCAUGUGCAUUUAUGUUUUGGCUCAUGGUGCGGCGUCACUAUGAGCCAGGCAGUCAUAACAAACUACCACCAUUACCUCAGACUGAAGUGGGAUUCUGAAUCGCAGUUUGUUAUAUGUUUUCCAUGGAAAUACAAAUAACAUUAGAUGUUUUAUACAUUAAAACAUACCAGACCCUAUCAAUUUCAUGUACAUUGUGGGCACGCACCCUGGUGCUUUUAUUUCUUUGUUUUCUCUGCAUCAGUGUUUUUGGCUCCAUUGUAAUCUUUCCGCAUUGUCAUAAGAAUAUUUUGAUUCAUGUUGUACUUUAGCCCUUUUAUGCUUGAUUGUGUAAAGUAUUGGUGUUUAUUUGAUUGUCUACAUAUGAUGUACUCUUUUUGUGUUUUGAAGUAGACAACAAAUGCCAAUAUGUCACAGUCAUACAGUAUUCCUAAACACAUUUCAGAGACAUUCUCCUCACUGCAAAGAAAAAGCUGUGAAAUUGGUCAACACAAUUCAAAUACAACUAAAUGAUUAACUAAAUGUAAGUUUUGUCAUUACAUUGUUAUGUAAAAUUGCUUUUAACAAUUGGUGGUUUCAAAAUGUAAGAUGAAAUGUGUCUCCAGCUGUGGCAUCUGUCUCCAACUUUUGUUUUCUUUUUCUCAAAUAACAUCUGUAUUUUUUGUUUUGUGUUGAACUUGUGUUUAAAACAGACCUUAUAUUAUUCUUAAGCUAUUUAUGUUGGUGUUAUGCUGGAUGCACUCUGGAUAUUUAGCAUUGUCUCAAUUAUAGACUCUUUGAUGACCACUACAUUAACUGUUCUUAAGUGGUAAGCAGAAUGAGUGAACUAUGUUGUAACCUCUUUAAAAAAGUUGUAACAAAACAUGUAAAAUGUAACAGUCAUAGGUUAAUGCAUGACAAUCUGUACACGUGUAUGUCUGCAACCUCCAGUAAUGGUGUUUGUCACACUGAAAUAGGGCUUAGUAUCAGUGUUUCUGUAGUUCAUCCCAGUUAGUCAUCAAUUACAUAGUCAUAACCUCAGCCUCAUCUGCAUAAACACACUUAAAGUCCAAUUAUGUGUGCAUAUUGAUGUGAUGCUAAUCAUUUAAGGCUGGCACAGACUUCUGAAAGUGUUUUUAACCUCGUUUGGUUGCACACAGAUUUUAGGCUUAGUUAUGUACACUACGACACACAGAACUGGCUCUACAUCCAUAUCAGUUACAAACGUUAAAAUACAAAUUCAGUUUGCAUUUGAGUAUGGCAAUGUGUUAUCAAACUAGUAGAGGAUAGUUUAACCAUUACAUCCAAUUAAAACCCAUUAGGAUAAUUCAGCCCUUAGAAUAUUGUUCACCCUUUACCGACUUGCAUCAAAAAUUGGACUGUAAACAUCUCCUGGUAAACCAUUUUCAUAUUCAAAAGAAAAACACAGGCACAAACUGACUAGACUGACAUGAUAAAUCAUGAAGCCAUAAACUGGGAUUUUUGAGGUGCUCAUACAAUUGUUACUGUAUAGUCAUAUCAAAUUCAUAAUGUGUUUAAUGGCCUUUCUAAAUACUUAACAUAAUUCAGACAUCAUGCGGCUGACACAGAAUGACUUUCUAAAUCCAGUAUAUUUCAUGAAUUGAUGGAUUAAUGUCGCAAAACAGUGAUACACAUCUGCUGAGUGUUUAAAGGUGAAUGUCUGCUGCUAUUUCAGGGUCUAA